AUGGAUCAACUAGAAAAAAAAAGUAUAUUGGUCUCAAUUUUAAAGGAGCUUCCCUCAAACUAUGAAAUACAAGAGAUUAAGACAUUUACAGGAAUCAAUAAAUAACAAAUGUAGUUGAUCUUAAUAAAAUUAGUAUAUAAUCGUCAACUACUCUGAAAAGCUUGAAACCAUUGUAAAUUUAACAUAGAACACUGUUUGAUAAUUUAAAACAAUAAGUCAAUUCAUAAAAACAAUCAUUUAGUAAUGAACUUGACAUUUAAAUAUCUAAACUUUUAACAACAUUAAGUCCGUAAUAUGAAAUAAAUGAUAAAUUUCUAGAGAUAAGUGAAGUUGAGAGAAUCAACUUUGACACUGAUAACACUUAAGAACCAGAGUAGAUACUGUUUAAAUUACAGACUGGAUUUAUUCAUUUAAUCAUUUUUUGGGUAAUUUUAAUAAAAUACUAUACAAUUAGGCAAGUUGGUCAAAUAAAAGUAAAGAACUGAUUGAAUAAUGUGAAAACUUAUAACAAAAAAAGUUAGAAUGGUAAGGAUAAAUUAAAAUUGUUGGAAUGUCUAUAGAUUCUUAAUUGUAAUUAUUGAUAAAGAGACUGAAUAACAACAAUUGGAAGAAAAUUGAACAUUAUAGAUUUCCAAAUGGAUAUGAUGAUAAUAAUUAGAUUUUCAAUGAACUGAAUAUUAAAGAUAUCCCAUUUAUAUUCAUCACUAAUAAGAAAGGCGAAAUUAUAUACUUGGGAUCUCCAGAAAAUAUCUUUCUUGAAGAAUUUCUUGAUAAUGAAUUAAAUCAACUUUUUUAACAAAAAUGUACAAAAGUAAAUCAAAUAAUAAUUGAUGAGAAUUAAAGUUAAUCAGCUAUUGAAUAAUUUAGACAAUUAAAAAACAAUUUUCUAAAAUUAUUUAGUAUUAUUUAGGAAGCUAAUUUUAAUGGAAAAGUAGAAAUUAGCUUAUAGAAAAUAAGUACAUGGAAGAAAAAUACAUUAAAAAGAGUACUUUUAGAAUCAAAACUUGAAUUAAUUUAUGAUGUACAUAAAAGUGAGGAAAACAAAAUCACAUAAUUUCUUGAUGAAUUUUGGUCAUAAAUACCAAAUAAUCUUAAAUAAGUACUUAAAUCAAAAAUUAGAGAUCCUGAUAGAGAAGAGUAUGAAAUUAAAGCAAAAUUUUAAGAAAUUUUUUCAAUCUAAGAAAUAUAGUUAUAAUACUUUCCUUAAGAAAUUCUGAAAUUAAGUUAUAUGAAUGGAGAAUAUAAAACUGAAAAGAAAAACUCUUUUACAACAUUGCCUCAAAAUUUAACAGCAUAAUCUUUCACAAGAGCAAUUAGUGAAGUUAAAGACUUCUUUUCCAACCUUAGUGAUGAUGAAGAACGUACAAUAAAUAUUGAUUCAAUAACUCAAGACAUAAAAUCUUAUGUAACUUUAGAACCUUUUCAUACUUUUCAGCCAUUGCAUAAUUAUAGGAAAUGGGGUUAAGAAAAUUACAUUACCAUUGAGCAUGUUUAAGGUUAAAUCUUAGUUCUAGAUUAUUGGGCCUAUGCUUGUGGACCUUGUGUUAAAGGGAUAUCUCAUUUAGCUCAAUUAAUGAAAAAUAAUAUAACAAAGUGGGGUAAUUCUGUUAGAUUCAUCAUUCUAAGUAUUGCUCUAUCAGAUGAAUCAUAAUUAUUUAUGGAUUUAAACCAGGAGCUUCAAAAAUAUUUAGAGUUUUAUUUUCCAAAGUAAGUGCGAUAAAUUGAUUAAAUCGUUUAUGGAAUGUAGUCUAUUCCUCAUUAUUUGAUUAUAGAUAAAUUUGGAAUCAUCAGAUAUAAAGGGGAACUGUAAAAUAUUGAAAAAAAGGUCAAUAAAUUAAGAGAUGAAUAAAACUAACAAUUGUAAGUUGAUCAUUAGCAUAUACCAAUGAAUGAUACCAAAAUUUUAUAAAUAAUUACAGACUUAUUUUAAACUAAUAUGAAAGAAAAUUUCAGACUUAUAGACAAAGAUAAAGUUAUUCAAUUUGAAAUUGUAAUAAAAAUAAUAAAGAUUCUGAAUGAAUCAAAGAUAUCAAAAACUUUCCUUUAAUAUUAUGUAAGAGAUACUUAACUUGUACAGAUUAAAAAGUUUUUAGAUUAAUUAUUUAAUAUAAUUCCAAAAUAAAUAUGGACUAUUUCUAAAUACAUAUAAAAUACUAUUUCCAUAAAAUAUCCUGGACUGAUAUGCACAGUUUGUAAAAAGGACAUAUCUUAGCAUGCUUAACAAUAUUAUUCUUAUUUUAAAGAUGAGCAUGUAUGCAUAGAAUGUGCUGAAUUUGAUGAUGUUAAAAAAAUUGGUAUGGAAAGGUUUAGAUAUGCUGAUACUUUAAUUUUUAUUAAUGGUCCUUUGACUGAUGAGUCUGUGUUACAUAAUAUAGAAAUUCAAAAAGUUGGAAAAAAUUUAAAAUUAAAAGAAGGAGAAAUAGGUAAUUAAAAGCAAAGUUUCAUCUGCUUUUAGUGUCAAACAAACUAACCAUUUGGUCCAAGAUACAUAUCAUUGAAUAAUCAAUUAGGAAGAUUUGUUGAAGAUGUAAUCUAAUUGAUAAUAUAUUUAGAAUUAUAUCGAUUAUUGUUAAUUGUGUUUUACUAAGAUUAAGAGUUAAAAUUUGAAAACAAGAGAGCUUACUCUAUUUACAAGAGUUCUCUUUGAUUAUGGAGAAUAUUCAAUGUUUUGA